ACAAAAGAAAUAUAUAGUUUUUUAUACGUUUAUUAAGUCGCAUUUAUUUAUGUGGGGUGCCCUUCCCCACAUAAAUUUGGUGACUUUGACGUGACUAGAAUUAACCGACGUGAUCGGAAGUAACUAUAAAGUUGCACGUUCAAAAAAUAGAUAGCAACGAUGUCGGAAACCCAACGUAGUCGAUGGAAGACCAAGGCAACAGUCAAAGCACGUCAAGACCUACUAAUAGUGAAAAUUCUACAGGAAACAAUAAAAUGACAACCACACCAACGAGUGGCGGCGAAAUUUACGCCAAGUUCCGAAAUAUCAAAUUACCGACCUUCUGGAGAAACCGACCCAAACCGAUGUGUUUGUCUCGUUUCCUUCUACGGAAAAUGUUUAAAAGAGGAAACGAGACAAACAUAUCGGCAAACUUCAGAUUUAUUCGAAGCCUAGGGUUUUGCCUAUUACUGACCCAAAGUCUGGUUUAUCUAGCUAGAGAGUGAAUUCGCGUCAUAUCGCAUAAGAGCAGACGACGUCAAAUUCGGAAUGAGAUACCUCGAUGAAGAGACGAUGGGGAUGGUCGUAGAUGUCCUGGAAAAUCCUCGAAAAGGAAGCAGGUAUAAAGGUUUAAAAGAAGCAUUAAUCGAAAGAUUUACUGAAUUGCAAGAAAAGAGAUUGCGGAAGUUGAUGAGCGGACUUGGUUACAAGAAGCCUUCUGCGCUGCUGAGAGAGAUGCGAAAUCUCGCAGGAACCAGUGCCUCGAAGAAGAUUCUGCAGACGUUGUGGACUCAACGUCUACUACUGCGAGUCCAGGAAGUGCUCUCCGUCUUUGACAGUUCGGAUUUAGAGAAAUUAGCAGAAUGUGCCGACAAAAUAAUGGAGAGCUCUGCAAAUCCGAUGAUAGCUGUGGCAUCGACAACACUCUCAAGUAUAACUUCUACGGCCACGAUCCAGGAAAAUCCGAUACAACGAUUGACGCAACAGAUUAGCGAACUAACAACGCAGGUAGAUGUUUUAACCGAAGUAACCGUAAAGGUCAUAGGAGAGGUCGAAUACGAUGGCGAUCCCGAAGCAGGAGCCGUCCUGGGAACCACGAAAACUCUGGCGAACACGCUAUGUGUUUCUAUCACAACAGGAGGUUGGAGGCGGGAUCACUCAAUCAAAACGUGAUGUACCAUCAGAGUUAGCAGCAAUCACUAAUGGUCCUAACGUUUCGCGCCGUUUAUUUAUCUCCGAUAAGUACAUUAGCAUCUGAUUUCUGAUUGAUACAGAAGCGAAUGUAUCUGUACUACCAGCAACACAACACGACAAAACGCAGGUCGCGGAUUUUAAGCUUUAUGCAGCCAAUGGAAACCGAAUAGUAACAUACGGAACGAAAGAAUUAACGCUUGACGUACGCUUGACAAGGAGAAGUUCGAGUAUUUGAUCCAGCAAAGCUAUUGUAGACCUUUUUUUUUUAUUGUGGAGAAAUGCGUUACGCAUACUUCGGCUCAGCGGGGGAGAAGCUGAGGUCAUGUGGGACUAUCAUCAGGGAGGGGAGGCGCGCCCAUCCGCGAUGGCUACCCACACCCGCCUAAGCUACUUGGGAAGUGCCUGGAUCACGCAAUGCGUUUCGACCUUCCACAUCGGGAACGGCUCAGUAACGGAGUGGUACGACGAAAACACGCGCACUGCGCGUACACUAAGGACCAGGGAAGAGGGUGCGAUUCAGAACAAGUCAUGAAU